AAUUACAAUAAAUUCAUUUUAAAAUCAUAUCGAAAGUCAUUACCAACAAACCGAAUAAAACGAAUAAGGCCAAAAAUAAGUACGUGUGGUUUAAAAGUGUAAACAUGACGUUUUUUUUUUCAUAUUUCAAAUCAAGACAACCAGCAAAUAUAUGAAAUCCCCUGCUCUGAUUGGUUACCCUGCUUCCACCUGAGACCAAUCUCUGAGCAGUGAUUGGUCAAAUUUCCUGGCCCUUCAUCCAAUGACGGGUCAGAUUUUCCGGCCUUCCAGAAGAAAUCAAAUCGCUGCUGAAAAGCAACUCAAUAAAGCCAACUAUAAGAACUUAGAGAAAAGACUCGAUAAAGCUCUCAGCAGGAAGACCCACAGGGAUCUCAGCUCGCUGUUUCUGAACCCCAAACCUUGACUGCAGGAAUACCAGUUUUCUGCCCAGGCUCAAGUGUGACAAUCUGAAGAAGGCAAACGGACGACUCCGGACAGGACUUGCAGGUGUGCAACAUGAAGAAACAGAGCUAAAGAUGGGGUCAGCAGUGUCAUCCUUUGGUCAGCUGUGUGGGCGGCAGAAAAAGAAAGAGGAGGACAGACACUUUCGAGCCAAUGACAGACAUUACAACCUGUCUCACCGUUAUGCCAAUAACGCCAUUAAGACCUCCAAAUACAACAUCUUCACCUUCCUGCCACUUAACCUCUUGCAGCAGUUUAGGAGGCUUGGCAACUGCUUCUUUGUCUUUCUCUUCAUACUCCAGCUCAUCCCACAAAUUUCCUCGCUGGCCUGGUUCACCACAGCCGCCCUUCUCAUCGUGGUCCUCUCUAUAACGGCGGUCAAAGAUGCCACUGAUGACAUAAACAGACACAAGAGUGAUGAAGAACUGAAUAACCGUGAAGUGAAGGUCCUCAUCAAUGGCGAACUUCAAAGUGAAAAAUGGAUGAAUGUUCAAGUUGGAGAUGUCAUUUGGCUAGAAAAUAACCAAUAUGUCACGGCGGACCUUCUUUUGCUCUCCAGCAGUGAACCUCUUCAUUUAGUCUACGUAGAAACAGCAGAAUUAGACGGUGAAACCAACCUGAAAGUGAAACAGGCUCUGACUGUUACUGGAGAGCUGGGAGGAAGCAUUGAAGCACUGGCCAACUUCAAGGGAGAAAGUAAGAUGUGA